CCCCCAUCUCUCUCUCUCUCUCUCUCUCUCUCUCUCACAAUUAGAAGACGACAACGCAGAAGCCAAGGGGGAAGGGAAACCGCAUCUCUCCAUGGUGUCGGAGCCCUCCGAUCGCUCGUCGGCGUACCCGAGUCUCCCGAUCUCCGCCCUUGCCAGGGAAUGAGGAGGAGAGGACGGGGUGAAGAAGGUUAAGAAUAGAUGAUGUCUGAUGACGGAGAGGAUACAGGAUGGAUGUGUGGCAGGGCUGGUAUGGUGAACCUUCACCGAGUUAGCUCUAUAGUAAGAGAGAUUGGAGAACCAUGCCGGUAUCACUCGUCUGCCAAGUUUCUUAUGAAGCAGAGAAAUAAAAUGCUCAAGCCAGAAAAGUGGCAAUCAAAUUUUGCCAGUGAUGGGAAGAUUAUAGGUUUUCAAAAAGCACUUAAAUUGAUUGUCGUAGGGGGUGUAGAUGCAUCAAUAAGGGCAGAAGUCUGGGAAUUUCUACUUGGUUGUUAUGCUUUGAGCAGUACUGCUGAAUGUCGGAGGCAAUUAAGGAUGGCCCGAAGGGAACGCUAUGCAGAUUUAAUCAAGCAAUGCCAAAUGAUGCACUCAAGCAUUGGUACUGGUAACCUUGCCUAUGUUGUUGGGUCCAGAGUCAUGGAUGUAAGGACUCUAUCCAAAGAUAAUGUUAAUGGGAAAGCAGUGACUACAAGUGAGUAUGCUUCUCAUGAUGCUGCUGAUAAGCUGGAUACAUAUACUGAUAUGGAUAUUGAUACAGCAUAUUUGUAUCAAAAGAAGAGCUCUGAUAAUUCAACUGAUUUAGCCAGCCCCAGGAUGAGCACUGAUAGCGCUGCUUUUAAUUAUGGUUCAAGAAACUCAGAGAGUGAAAUUAAUGAACCACAGUAUGACAGCGAGAGUCUUUUUGAUUUUCCUCCGCUUCCUGUAACUAAUUUAUUUCAGAAAAAUGGUGAUGAUAAGAGAGAAAGUAAGAAGCAUGGUAAUGGUACUUCUGUUUCUGAAGGUACAGCAUCGAAGGUUCAACGCAUGUAUAGCUUCCAAAUUAACAACAAUGUGGAUCCGACUACAGAAUCAGAUUUUCCGUCUGCGAGCAACAAUGUUUCUUACUUUAAUUCAGAUUCUCAAAAGUGUGUUGAAGGGACAAAAGAAAAGAUGUUAGAAAAGGAUGUUGUCAAUGGGUUGCGGAUAUCAGACAUUCCAGAGGCAGCUAUGGUAGACAAGACAACGUCAAAUGGAUUGGUCACUAAGGAAGAUAGAGUUUCUGAGUGGCUAUGGACACUCCAUCGAAUUGUUGUCGAUGUUGUGAGGACAGAUAGUCAUCUUGAGUUUUAUGGGGACUCAAAAAAUAUGGCCAGAAUGUCAGAUAUUCUUGCUGUCUAUGCAUGGGUUGAUCCAGCCACUGGGUACUGCCAAGGAAUGAGUGAUUUGCUUUCUCCCUUUGUUGUACUUUACGAGGACAAUGCUGAUGCUUUUUGGUGCUUUGAGAUGCUUCUCCGAAGAAUGCGUGAAAAUUUUCAGAUGGAAGGGCCAACUGGAGUCAUGAAACAAUUACAGACAUUAUGGAAGAUCUUGGAACUAAUAGAUGCAGAAAUUUUUGGACAUCUUAGACUCAUAGGUGCUGAAAGUCUUCAUUUUGCUUUUCGAAUGUUGCUGGUUCUUUUUCGUCGGGAACUUUCUUUUGAUGAGGCACUUCGUAUGUGGGAGAUGAUGUGGGCUGCUGAUUUUGAUGAAUCUCUAUGUCAGCAAUUAGAGAAAAUUUGUCUUAAACCAUUAUUUGUUCAACUCAGAGAAAGUUCGAGGGGACAGAUGAGAUCAGAUGAGACAGAAUGCAGUAAAAAAAAACUGAAGGCACGAUCCCGAUGCAGUAGUGGUGAAUCUUUUGCACAGUAUAGCAAUGGGGCAAGACCGAUUUCAGUCCGUCCAUUUUGUGGUCUGUCUAGUGCGAAUUGCUGGGCAGAGAAUGAUCAGCUGCAGCCUUGCAGCAUGUCUGUAUCAACAAGAAACAACAGUGAUGGAUUGCCAGUCUUCUGCGUAGCUGCUAUUCUUAUCAUCAACCGCCAAAAGAUUAUGAGAGAAACACACUCGAUUGAUGAUGUGAUAAAGAUGUUUAAUGACAACAAGCUGAAAAUCAAUGUGAAAAGAUGCAUACGUAUGGCAAUCAAAGUAAGGAAGAAGUAUUUUUACAAGUUGAUAAAGAAAACAAGUUCAGGACGUUUGGAGCAAUGAAAAGCAAAUCCACAAAUGGAUGCACUGCCACUGUGCUAUUCACACAUCCUGGAAAUGGAGCCCAACCUGCUUUUAAAGGAUUUUUUGGUUUCAGUAUGACAUUUUGUAGUUCCUACAUUGUGGAACUUGAGCUGGAGGCAUUGUCCAACAUUUCAAAGAUUCAGUUGGAAUGCGUUAUGCCGUGUUGCACAAGCAUAUCUGUACAGAUUCUUCUGAUUUGACCCAAAUACUUCAAAGCAUUAGAUGUUGACUUCAAGCAGUCAGAGCAUUAAUCCUUUGCUGAUAUCGGUCUUGACUACACCGCAGGAUUACUGAUGAACGGUGGAUAACAAUCACCUUUUUUUUUAUGUAAUUAUCUGUCACUAAUUCAGUGCUGGCGAAAGAAGUUUUACAUAUUACAAUGACCUCACUAAAAGAAAUUUUAGCUUUUUAGGUGUCAGCUGUAGUUCGUGUUCUAUCACUAAUCAAUUUCUUCAUGCA